CCAGGAUGUUCCGCAGUCACCCUGGAAAACUGGUCCAGCCAGUGUCUGCGCGUCCGUCCAGGGAGCUCAGGGGAAGUCUCAGAACCUAAGGAAAGGAGGUGCUGGGGCUCAGCCGGCCUCAGCCAUGUCUCAGAGGCACCCCCGGGAUCCCCACUGAGCUGGUCCACUUCACACAGCCAGGGCCCAGCCCUCCGGCCCCCUCGGUGUCCAGCAGGUGGCCCCCUGGCGUCUCCACAGGACGCCAAGAUGGAGACUCCCCCAGGGGCCCAGUGCCAUUUCUCAAAGGGCCUCCUGCUCUCAGCCUCAAUCCUGGCCCUCUGGGUCCCCCAAGGCUCCUGGGCAGCCCUCCGCAUCCAGAAGAUUCCAGAGCACCCUCAAAAGAACCAGGACCUUCUCCUGUCUGUCCAGGGAGUCCCAGAUACCUUCGAGGACUUCACCUGGUACCUGGGGGUGGAGGCCGAUGGAAGCACGAGGCUGUUCACCUACUUCCCAGAGCUACAGCGGCCCCAGAGGGACGGCAGCGCCAUGGGGCAGCGAGACAUUGUUGGCUUCCCCAACGGCUCCAUGCUGCUGCGUCACGCCCAGCCCGCCGACAGCGGGACCUACCAGGUGGCUGUCACCAUCAACCACGCCUGGACCAUGCGGGCCAAGACUGAGGUCCAGGUGGCCGAAAAGCACCAGGAUCUGCCCAUUACACAGCUGCCUGUGAGCGCUGGCAUCGUGGCCGCCAUCAUCAUUGGAUCCCUUGCCACCGGGUCCCUCUUCAUUGGCAUCAUCGCCUAUCUCCUGGUGACAAGAGGCUGGAGGGGCCAGAACCACAGAGCAUCUGCUCCAGGAGCCCAGGGGUCCUCGUCGGUCUUGUUCCCAGCUGUGCCCCCAGUGCCUUCAACAGUGCUCAGCCCAUGGACGAUGACCACAGGGAAACGGGAGCUGGGCCCCAGUCGUCACCCUGGUGAUGACAACGUCUAUGAAGUGAUGCCAUCUCCAGUCCGCCUGGUGUCCCCCCUCAGUGACACGGCGUCCAGGAAUGCCGCCAUGCCCCCACCCCUGCCCCCGCCCCUGCCACCGGAUCCAGAGAACCACCACUACCAGGAGCUGCUGAACCCCGACCCUGCCCCUUACUGCCAGCUGGUGCCAACCCCCUGAAGGGGUCCCGGGCCAGGCAAAGCCUCAGCCGUCCCCCCGGGGCCUCGCGCCUGCAGAAAAGUGGCCCCGGAGACCCAGUAGGACCAGGCUGUCAGGGCUGGGGGCAUGACAAGGCGGACUCGGCCAAAGACUCAGCGUGGCAUUGGGCACGUGUCCUGGGUGGGGGACAGGAGACCGUGAUGGGCCCUGCUCCGGGCCCAGCUCCUCGCUCACCCUCUGAGUGUAUGACCCGCCCUUUAUUCUGGUCCUGCCAGCAGCCUGGCCUGGGCCGCGUGCCUGGGGAAAGCAGGCUCUUGCCUCCUCCCACUGCAAAGCCCCCCAUCCGGAUAUUUGGAGGUGAGGAGAGUGGCCUCCGGCCUCCCUCCAGCCUGACCUCACAGGAGCCCACUUGGCUAGGCUCCCGACUGUCAGCCCACAACAUCCCACCCCCAUUCUGCCAGUUGCCCUCAGGGCCCCUUCUCCCGGGCACAGGGCAGCCCCCCACUGCACAUGCCCCCAGAGGUCGCUGCGUGUGGCAGGAAGACCUGGCCUCGCAGGCCUGUGGCCCCAGAUGACAAUCCUGGCCAGUGACUAUGGCUGCCAGACCCCUUCACCGCUGGAGCAGAUCCGUCCCUUCUCUACCACCCCACCCCUGCUCCCAAAUGUGGGCCCUGUCUGCCACCCCUUAAUUUAUUCAUUCAGUCAGCAGUAAAGAAGCCGUGGGCUGUGCACAGUCCCAGAUCCUGCGGCUUUGGCAGGGAACAGAACAGAUAUAAACUCCUGCUCUCCCAAAGGGACAGUCUGGCAGCGGAGAGAGUCAGGAAACAAAAUAAAUAACUAACAUACACAGUGUGUUGGGUGGUGAUAAGUGCACUGGGGAAAUAAAGGGGGGGGGAGUG